AAAUUGUAUAGAUCAUGCGUUAAUAACCUAUUUAUGUACUUAUAUGAAAUAUAUUAUAAUGAAUUAAAAUAUUGUAAGCAAUUUAUUGUAUGAGAUUUGCAGAUUUAACCUAUCCUAACUUAACCUAUAAAUACACAUGGUAAAUGUAAAUAAUGGAUCGAAGUGGUGCAAAACAUAGUAGAAUUCCCUUUAUACCUGGAACUAAGCCAUCAAUAAAGAAUUCACAAUUACUGAUAUCAUCAGGAAUUCCUUCUUUAGAUCAUAUAAUAGGCGGUGGAUUACCUGUUGGUUCUUUGUUUCUUAUUGAGGAAGAUCGAUAUGGUACAUAUGCAAAAGUUAUGUUGAGGUAUUUUAUGGCAGAAGGUAUAGUCACAAAUCAACCACUAUUGAUAGCAUCCAAAGAUGUUAAGCCAUCUGAUUUUGUAUCAGACAUACCAACUGUGAUAACAGAGACACCGGUUGAGAAACCUUUUGUCACAGAUGAACAAAUGAAAAUUGCUUGGAGGUAUCAGAACAUGAAAUUAAUUGACACAUCUCCAACUGGAGGUCAAGUUUUUGGUCACUUCUAUGAUCUUACAAAGACAAUGAAAAAAGAAGUACUUGAACAAGCAAAUAUCACACACUGGUGUGAUGAUAGUUUUCCUAAAAAGGAUGAUAUGUUUGAGAAUAUGACAUAUUCAAGGUUACUAAAAUGUAUUCAAGAAAUUUUGAAGGAGGGACAAUACUUAGUUUCAGAGAUCCCUGAAAAAAGACAAGUUUUAAGAAUUACAAUUCAUUCCUUAGGAUCUAGAUUAUGGUUUAGUGAUUCUGAGAAUGAUUCACAUCAAGAUUUAUUGAAGUUUCUGUAUCACUUUAGAGCACUUUUGAGAUACUCUUAUGCAGUGGGAGUGAUCACUGUACCUGUGGAUUGUUUAGAUAAUUCUAAUGCUAUAGUAGAACGAAUUGAACAUUUGUCAGAUAUCGCAAUUAAAUUAGAAUCAUUCGCGGGCUCUCAAAAAGAGACAAAUCCAUUAUUUAAAGAUUAUCAUGGCUUACUGCAUCUAAAAAAAAUGCCUGCUAUAAAUACUAUAGCACCUCAUAAAACAGAAUCGUGUGAUCUUACGUUCAAACUACGACGGAAGAAAUUUUUUAUUGAGGUUUUGCAUUUACCACCCGAAUUGGGAGAUACCGUGCAACGAGAACAAGAUGAAGAACCAUUUGGAUGCUGUAGUCAAUCGCGUGAAAGCCCAUUAGAUUUUUAAACUCUGUAUAAAUAUUUCAUACUCUAAAAAAAAAAAAAAACAAUAAAACUGUAUUAUUUU